AUGGUUCAACCGUCAUUGAUCAUUGUCUCGACACCCAUCCCCUCCACCCAGCACCUCUCUGGUCGCCCAUCCAGCCCUGAAAACACGACAAAAGAGCCCACCCACAUCACAGAUGACGUGGCCUCUUGCCUCAACCCCGCCGUGCGCCCCUCCCCUCUCAUAGGGAUGUGGGCUGGCUUCCAACCCCUACGUGUAUCCUCCAUCGACACCCGAUCUCCCCCGCAACCCAGAUAUUGGCCCCACUGUGUGCUGUUUGCCCCGCCCUCACUCUCACCUCACCCCUCCCCUCCACAGGGAUGGCAACAACAACAACAGGGUGACGACGAGCAUGGCAACGGGGCAGAGGACUGGGCGAGGAAGAGGACGGUGACAGGAUGGGGCGACAAGGAAGAUGGCGAUGGGGCGACAAUGCGGGGCGAUAACGGCAAUGAUGACCAGGAGAUGAUGGGGUAG